UGUUCCUUCUCCCCUUCCCGAAAAAAAAAAAAAAAAAAAAAGUCUCAAACCCCCCCUUCUCUCUCAAGUUCUCAUGGCGGAAUCCAAAAGCCGCAUUUCUUCCCAUUUCUUUCGGAAUUCGAGCUCAUGAUCUUCUGAUAAAUCCGCAAAAUUCUUUCAAUCGUUGUAUGCCGUUGAUCUCUCUUGACUGAUUUUGGUAUCUGAUUCAUCCGGGAAAUGAACGGCUGCAGAGACGCAGACUCCGUCGCCUCCCCGGCGGGCCCACAUCCGCUUCUUGAAUGGAAAUUCUCUCAGGUCUUCGGCGAACGGACUGCCGGCGAAGAAGUACAGGAAGUUGACAUCAUAUCAGCAAUUGAGUUUGAUAAAACUGGGGACCAUCUUGCCACCGGAGAUCGAGGAGGCCGUGUGGUUUUAUUUGAAAGGACAGAUGCAAGGGAUCAUGGUCAUCGGAGAGAUUUAGAGAGGCUAGAUUAUUCAAUUGGUAGGCAUCCUGAGUUCCGCUACAAAACAGAGUUUCAAAGCCAUGAACCUGAGUUCGAUUAUCUCAAAAGCUUGGAAAUAGAGGAAAAGAUCAACAAGAUCAGCUGGUGCCAGACAGCCAACGGUGCCCUGUUUCUUCUCUCUACUAAUGAUAAAACCAUCAAAUUUUGGAAGAUUCAAGAGAAGAAGGUGAAGAAAAUGUCUGAGAUGAACGUGGACUCGGCACGAGUCUUAGGAAAUGGUAGCAUUGCAAGCUCAAGUAUAUCAACUAUCUCCAACACGCAUCUCCCAAAUGGCGGAUGUUCGGGAAGGCUUGACAGUUAUCUGAGCAAUGACUUUAUAUUCCCCCCAGGGGGAAUUCCGUCGUUACGUUUACCUGUGAUAUCCAGCCAUGAGACAAGCCUUGUUGCUAGAUGUCGAAGAAUAUAUGCUCAUGCUCACGACUAUCACAUCAAUUCUAUUUCGAAUAACAGUGAUGGGGAGACUUUCAUAUCAGCAGAUGAUCUUCGAAUAAAUCUUUGGAACUUGGAAAUAAGCAACCAGAGUUUCAACAUUGUUGAUGUGAAGCCUUCAAACAUGGAGGAUCUAACUGAGGUGAUAACAUCUGCUGAAUUCCACCCUACUCAUUGUAAUACGUUAGCAUAUAGUAGCUCGAAGGGCUCAAUUCGGCUUAUUGAUUUGCGGCAGUCUGCAUUAUGUGAUAAUCAUUCAAAAUUGUUUGAGGAGCAGGAGGCACCUGGUUCGAGGUCCUUUUUUACAGAGAUUAUUGCGUCAAUAUCGGAUAUUAAGUUUGGGAAGGAUGGGAGGCACAUCCUUAGUCGCGACUACAUGACUCUUAAGUUAUGGGACAUAAAUAUGGAUUCUGGUCCUGUAGCAACAUUCCAGGUUCACGAGUAUUUAAGGCCUAAGCUCUGUGAUUUAUAUGAAAACGAUUCCAUCUUCGACAAGUUUGAGUGCUGUCUGAGUGGAGAUGGACUCCGGGUGGCAACUGGUUCUUACAGCAAUCUGUUCCGCGUCUUUGGAUGCAUUCCGGGAAGCAAUGAGGCUACGACUUUGGAGGCCAGUAAAAACCCUAUGAGGAGACAAGUCCAGACCCCUUCAAGGCCAUCAAGAUCUCUGAGCACUCUAACCCGUGUUGUAAGACGAGGAACUGAAAACCCAGGUGCUGACGCCAAUGGAAAUGCCUAUGAUUUCACGACAAAGUUGCUCCACCUAGCAUGGCACCCGUCUGAAAAUUCAAUUGCCUGUGCGGCUGCAAACAGCCUAUACAUGUAUUAUGCUUAAACACAGUAUGGGAAGAAAUCCGUUGCUUGGAAAGCUUUUCUGGAUUGCGUUUCAUGAAGCCCAUUCCUUUUUCUUGCAACCAUCAAGAUGGAGACUGGAUUUCUCAAGAGGCCCAGCAUCCAUAACUUGUAGAUGGACCUAUAUUGAGUACAGAAGAGGCCGUCAGAAUCCAUGAAGAGAGUCAAGUUGUCUCGUCCCUGGGCUGGCAGCUUGAUUCCUUAUGGCAAACAUUCACUUCUCAGCAUCGGGUAUAGAUCCAAAAAUGUAACGAAGAUCUCCUACAACCAAAACUGUUAGAUGCGACAACUAGGUGAGGUUGAUUCAAGGAAUCUGCACCUCAAACGCAAAUGGGCCUCAAAAUCGCGUGAGCCAUGGGAUUGUCGGACCCACUCAUCGACAGACCGUGGAAAUCAAUCAUGGUUAUUUUCAUCUUCUGUGCUAACCCUUCUUCUGUUAACAGAGUUUCCAGGUCCUAUUCUGUGAAUCUGAAGUCUGCUGGCCGCAUGGUAUGGGGCGAGUUGAAGUUCGUAUGUAAGUGUUUUGGUUCUGGUAGUGGUUUUGUUUCUCAGACAGCUACAAUCUGUAAAUUUGGUAGUAAGGGAUGAAUGACUUGUUCUGAAUAAGCCUAUGCAUGUCGUUUUAGAUGCACGUGGUUUACUCUUUUGCUUAUUUGGCUAUGGAUAAAAACACGGGCUGUGGUUUAGCUUCA